GCUGCCACACAAAAGAAAACAAUCAUAAAAACCUGUCAUAUUAACAGGGGCAUGUAAGCUUUGUUUUUUUAUCUGUAAUGUGGUGUAGACAUAAGUGCUGGACAUCACAACUAAGAUGUUUAGUGAUGACAAGAAACACAGAACCUUGCAUCAUACAAUGAUGACAAUGGAAGAGGAGAGGAAGGGAGGAGGAAAAGUGAAGGGGGAAAAGGGUAAUAGGAGGUAGAUGCAACAAUGAGAGAGCAGAGAAAUGUAAAGGAGGGAGUGCAGCAGAGAGAUGCAGCUGAGAAUAAGGAGCUUAGUAAGGGAUAAAAAGAAGCAGAGUGAGAGAGGUCUUUAAGCUUUGUGAACUCCAUCCUGACAGAUGGACAACCCAGACAGAGUUGAACUCUGCUACCCCCAGCACCCAAAUAGCUCCUGCAGCGGUCCGAAGCGACCUCCCUCCGAGUCCGUCCUGCUGUACACGCUGCUCUCCUCCGUCAUUGUGGUCACCGUCGCUCUGAACCUGCUGGUCAUCAUCUCCAUCUCCUACUUCCGGCAGCUGCAGACCCCGACCAACACCCUCGUGCUGUCCCUGGCCACCUCAGACCUCCUGGUGGGGCUGGUGGUGAUGCCGGUGGAAGCAGUGCGGUUCAUCGAGCCCUGCUGGCUGCUGGGCGACGUCAUGUGCGCCCUGUCUUACAUUGUCGGCUUCACGCUCACCUCGGCCUCCGUGGGCAACAUGGUGCUCAUAUCAAUAGACCGCUACGUGGCCAUAUGUUUCCCCCUGCAGUACUCCAGUAAAAUCACUCGCAGCAGAGCGGAGGUGUCGGUGAGCCUGUGCUGGGCCUGCUCUCUCCUCUAUAACGGCCUCAUCCUAAAAGAGCACCUCAGGCAGCCGGACAGGUACAACUCCUGCUACGGGGAGUGCCUGGUGGUCAUCAGCUACAUCUCCGGAACCAUAGACCUAUUCUUCACCUUUGUCGCGCCCUGCUCGGUCAUCGUCUUGCUGUACAUGAGAGUGUUUGUGGAGGCGGUGUCGCAGGCCCGGGCCACGCGCUCUCACGUUACAGCCGUCACGGUCAGGGUCACGGCGAAGAAAUCCGAGCAGAAAGCAGCCAGGACUCUUGGCAUUAUUAUAUUCAUGUUUCUGGUGACUUUCUGUCCGUAUUACUACCCGUCUCUCGCAGGUCAAGACACCUCUAACAGCGCCUCGUCUUGGGCCAUUGUGUCCUGGAUGGUGUACUUUAAUUCCUGCUUGAAUCCACUCGUAUACGCCUUGUUCUAUCCCUGGUUCAGAAAAAGCAUUUCUUUAAUUGUGACUUUGAAGAUCCUAAAACAUGACUGCUCUCAGACAAACAUGCUUUAACAAAGAUGUUCAAUUCAACUCAAAGGGAAGUUAAAUGUUUUAAUUAUUCAAACUUCUUCAGAGUUGUUGUAUAAACUGUGGGCUGGACAGAUCUCCUGUAGCAGUCCGUUUUACAGCGAAUCUGAAGAAGCUUCUGACUGAAGAUACUGUUGUGUGACUGACUUAAGAUAAUGCUAAAUGGUUUUCUAUAAUUUUCCCAUCUCACCUCUACAUUUGACCUAACACUGUCCAGCUGAUAAGAAAGUUAUCUGCAGAUAGAUAUAGAAAGCAAAGUUAACACAAUAUUUAGUUCACAUUAAACAGUUUAGAUCAGAGACGCUUCAUUUUGUGCCAUAUCAAGAUCAUGAAUGUCCUCAGAAUGGCAGAAAUUAUAAAGAAAUAUUAAAUACCUGCUUUUGCAUUCAAUGAGUACUUCUUAAAAUUAAAUAAUGUUGAACAACUUUUCACAAUAAUGUAAUUUGACAGAAAAUGCUCUGAUUGAUGAAGUAAUAUUUAGGAUUUGGUCCCAGAGCCUUGAGUUUGACACGUUGUUUAGAUUCUUUGAAACUGUUGUGAAAAUUUACAAUGCGUUUUCUAAGACAGCAUCUAUUUCAAUAAAAAUGUAAAAUAACAAAUUUAGAGUAGCAUUCAUACCUAAUGAAAGCUUACUAAUAAAGAAAACUGGUUGAAUGUAAGAACUGAGUUGCCUUUCUUUACCAAACUGAAGUAUUGUCUUUUCAGAAACUGGUCUCAUUUCUUGCUCCAGGUGAGGAAGCAGUUGUUUUCUGAAGCUUUUUGUCUUUGUUUGGUGGUCUGCUCUCUCUGAACGCAGCUGGAAAGUCAGAAGAAAACAUCUACAUCCUGGAAUAAUUUACAAAACGAUCUAAAAUUGUCAGAGCUGGUUGCCAUGGCAAAACUAAAAGUCAAUUUUAAAGGAACAAGAAAAGAGUUUACUGGGUCGGUGUGACUUUCUUCCCCAGCGAUAUUGCUGAUCUAUUUUUUUUUUUCAAAUUGCCUUGUAAAUAUUCUAAUCUCCAUGAGAUUUUUAAAAGGACAAAAUAACAAAGUAGAGAAAGUCAACACCUCCACCCAAAAAAGCACUUUAUCACUUCUUAUCAUGGAUUAAUAUUAUUGUAUCUUGUGUUUUUGCUUGUAUGAUUACUGACUUCUUUCACAAAAUUGUAAAUAUUGCAUAUUUGUCAGCAUCACCUUUUCAUAUAUUAUUUAAAAUAGCCUUUCUUAAGGAAUUUAAACAGACUUAUAAGAAAAUGGGAACUGACAAUAGUUCAACUGACCUGAACGAAGCUAAUAAAGAUAUUACAAAAGACAUUUAAAAAGUUCUUAGAAAUCAUGAUUUUAUUUGAAUGUGUGUAAAUGACAACAAGAUACAAUAAAAACAAAAUCCAAUUUAUUUGCAUAAACAGGAGGAAAUAUACAGCAUGUUUAAAUACAGAGGUUAUAACAACAUUUUGUUAAAAA